CUCACAGUGCCACACCAUGACAGUCAUAGCAACUUGUAACUGGUAUAUCCAGUUAUCACAUUAUGUUUGAAAUAGUCUACAGUUUUAUGAGGUAAUUAUACUAGUUGAUUGCUUGUUUUAGACAUGAUCUUUGAAGUUUGGGCAUAACCAUAAUCAUUAUAUGUCACAUAGGCCUACAGUAGCCUAGCUGAGUCUGUCUUUACAAUAGAAUGUGAACCAAAAGUUACAGCAGCUAAAUCGGCUAGCCUACGUUUGGAAUGGGAUUUUCUGGAGAUUUGGAGUGGACCACAGUUUUGUAAUGAACGUUUUUUUUGUUUGUGCGCGUGCCUCUAUAAAAAGCUACGUAGGUGACUGGAGGUAGUUAUUUGACAUUGCGUGGCGGAGACUGGAGCUGCUGUUGACGGUACAGACAGACUCAAAGCCCACCAGUGUCCUCUGACACACAGUGAUGAUACGUUUAUUAUUUUUACCAAGUGGAUUUUUCUGGUGUCUUGAGCGGCUGGUCGCCUAUAUUUAAUCCACUACAUUUAACAUUGCUGCGAAGAUGAAGUUCAAACCAGGCUACGGUCAGGUGCAAGCUGCAUUCCAUGGAGCCCUCUUCUUCUCCGUCUCAAACAUCGGUCAAUCCGAUGCACCACUUCCUUAUGUUGCGGCCCCAGUUGAUGGAUUCUGACAUGGACUAUGAGAGGCCAAACGUUGAGACUAUCAAGUGUGUGGUGGUAGGGGACAACGCUGUUGGGAAGACCCGCCUUAUCUGUGCCCGGGCCUGUAAUGCAACACUGACUCAGUACCAAUUGCUUGCUACGCAUGUACCCACUGUCUGGGCCAUAGACCAGUACAGAGUUUGCCAGGAAGUUCUGGAGCGAUCUAGGGAUGUGGUGGAUGAGGUCAGCGUGUCGUUGCGACUCUGGGACACGUUCGGGGACCAUCACAAGGACCGACGCUUUGCAUAUGGAAGGUCGGAUGUGGUGGUCCUGUGUUUCUCCAUCGCCAACCCCAACUCCCUGUACCAUGUGAAGACCAUGUGGUACCCUGAGAUCAAGCACUUCUGCCCCCGGGCUCCAGUCAUCUUGGUGGGCUGCCAGCUGGACCUGCGCUAUGCUGACCUGGAGGCAGUCAACAGGGCACGACGGCCACUAGCAAGACCGAUUAAAUCCAAUGAGAUUUUGCCUCCAGAGAAGGGCCAUGAGGUGGCCAAAGAGCUGGGAGUGCCAUACUACGAGACCAGUGUUGUGGCUCAGUUUGGAGUAAAGGACGUAUUUGAUAACGCCAUCCGAGCCGCCCUAAUCUCACGGCGCCACCUGCAGUUCUGGAAGUCUCACCUGCGCAAUGUGCAGCGGCCCCUCCUCCAGGCCCCCUUCCUGCCUCCCAAACCCCCCCCUCCCAUCAUCACUGUACCACCUCCCCCCACCACCACUGAGGAGCAUCCUGGCCGUCUUCUAGAGGACCCCCUGUGUUCCGAUGUCAUCCUGGUCUUACAGGAGAAGCAGAGAAUCUUCGCUCACAAGAUCUACUUGGCCACGUCCUCCUCCAAGUUCUAUGACCUCUUCAUCCUGGACACCCGACCUGAGGAGUCUGAGCGGCCCACGCGCGCCACCGCUCUGUCUGGCCGCGAGAUGCUGAUGCGUGCUGCAAGCUUCGAUGUGUGUGAGAGCACUGACGAGGGCGACAGGGCCAACCUGCGGGCCUGCACCAGUGAUGGAACCCUGAGAGACUCUGAGGGAGGCCGGAGGGGCAAACUGCUGUCUACCUUGAGCAGAGCUUUUGUCAGCAUCCAGGAGGAGCUGGUGGAUGACCCAGUGACCUACAACCCCAGGCCUAUGACCGUGGUGUACAUGGACCAGUCCAUGCAGCUGGGGCCCUUCCGUGCUGUGCUGCGAUACCUGUACACAGGCCAGCUGGACGAGCACGAGAAGGAGCUGAUGCACAUUGCACACAUUGCUGAGCUGCUGGAGGUCUUUGACCUGCGCAUGAUGGUGGCCAAUAUUCUUAACAACGAGGCCUUCAUGAACCAGGAAAUUACCAAAGCCUUCCAUGUACGACGAACCAACAGAAUCAAAGACUGCCUGGCCAAAGGCACCUUCUCUGAUGUAGCGUUCAAGCUGGAUGAUGGAACGAUCAUGGCCCAUAAGCCCCUGCUCAUCUCCAGCUGUGACUGGAUGGCAGCUAUGUUUGGGGGGCCCUUUGUGGAGAGCUGCACCAAAGAGGUGCUGUUUCCCAACACAACUCGCAGCUGUAUGAGGGCUGUGCUGGAGUACCUCUACACUGGGCGCUUCUGUUCCCGCACUGACCUGGAUGCCAUGGAGCUCAUUGUUCUCGCCAACCGUCUUUGCCUCCCACACCUGGUUGCACUUACAGAACUCUACACAGUGACAGUAUUGAUGGAGGCUGCUAUGAUGGGGGCUGAUAUUGAUGGAGAUGUGCUGGUGUACCUGGAGAUGGCUCAGUUCCACUGUGCCCAACAGCUAAGUGGCUGGUGCCUUCACCACAUCUGCACCAACUAUAAUAGUGUGUGUCGCAAGUUUCCUCGAGACAUGAAGGCCAAAUCUACAAACAACCAGGACUACUUUGAGAAGCACCGCUGGCCACCAGUGUGGUUCCUGAAGGAGGACGACCACUAUCAAAGGGCACGGAAGGAGCGGGACAAGGAGGACUUCCUGUACCAGAGGAGGCAGUGUAAACGCAAGUGGCUCUUCUGGAACCUUCCUUCUUCUCCCUCUGCCAACUCUUCCUCUUCUGGUUCCAAUGCUAUCAUCUGAUUGGCUCUCAGGGUACAGGCAAGGCCCACUGUGGGGAUGAUUUGGGAAAGUGGAGCAUCAGCACUGUUGGCCAGACACUAGGCCCCCUCAUUAAGGCCCUCCCGCCCUCCUUCAUUUCUCUUUUUGCAUCUGCAGCCAAGCUAUACUCUCCCGGGUUUGCAGGGUCAGCGAAAUCAAAUAAUGAAUGAAAUGAGCCUCUUUUGCUUUUUGUGUUAGCAUAUCUUGUCACAUUGCAGUGCAGAGACCAUGAAGCUAAAACCUUAAAGCUCAGUGACUUCCACCUUAUGAACAAUGCAAGGUAAAUGCAGGUGCAGGUGACUGCUCAAUAUGGUGUUGAUAUUCCUGCAUACACCACCAGGAGGAGAACUGAGGAAGUUAUGAGAGGGAUUUGCAUCAGGUUACAGAACUGUGAUCCUAAGCUCAUGAUAACCAUUGACUGACUUGAAUUGACAACCAAGUGCUUAUCAGCUGCAACAGACAAAUAGCAAAGACCAAUGACCAGCAAACCAACACAGAAAUCAAGUCUCAGUGAUACAACACUUUGCCCUUAAGUGUUUGUACAAUCUACCAAACCAGGAUGUGUACAGUACAAUUAUAACCACUCCUCAACCAGAAAUAUCAACAAAAUGCAUUACGUCUACAUUACGAUUAAUCUAUUAAUGUCAUGUAGGACAUCGUCUUAGACCAUCUUCCUAUUGGAAACCACUUUCUGUACAGAAUUAUGUUUUAAAUAGCGGAGGUUUGACUCCUUUACAGUUAUUGCAUAUUUGAAGGUUUGUAUACAACUUGCACAGCUGACGUUGAUAUGAGUGUAUACACGACCAGUGUUCUUGUGAUGCAGGGGUUAAAGUGCUCUGUCACUACGACGGGUUUCCGUCAUAUGGAUGACACAUGAGGUUUGAUAAAUGUAUAGUACAAGUCAAAAGUUUGGACACCUACUCAUUCCUGGGUUUUUCUUUAUGUUUACUAUUUUCUGCAUUGUAGAAUAAUAGUGAAGGCAUCAAAACUAUUAAAUAAUACAUAUGGAAUCAUGUAGUAACCAAAAAAAGUGUUAAACAAAUCAAAAUAUAUUUUAUAUUUGUCACGUGUGCUCCCUCUUCGGCCUCUAGGUCCCCAGGCUGCUCGUUAUGGCGCAUACCUGUCACCAGCAUUACGCGCAUAAUGACACUCACCUGGACUCCAUCACCUCCUUGAUUACCUACUCUAUAUAUGUCAAUCCCUUUGGUUUGUUCCCCAGUCGUCAUUGUUCCGGUUUCAUGUCGGUGCACUGUUCGUGUUUCUUGUUUUGUUAAUUUAUUAAUUCAAUGUAGUCACACCCUGAACUUGCUUCCCAACUCUCAGUGUACAUCGUUACAGAAUGACGACUCAACAAAGAGAAGCAUCAGGGAGUGUUUAUUUUGUUUUGGUAUUGGAGGUGAUGUCGGGUCCGGGAGGCCUCAGCCAGUUUGUCAGGUUCCCCUGCCUCAGCUGGCCUGACGGGUUUCCAUGCCUCAGCGUGCUCGAUAGGCUCCCAUGCCAAGACUGAGGCAAUAGGGGAGGUUUCAGCCGGCUCAUCAGGCUCUCACGUCUCAGCCGGUUCGUCAGGUUUCUGCGCCUCGACGGAGGCAACCGGCCACUCCAAAACCCCGGGAUUGUCCCUUUGGUUGGCGUCCUGUGGCUGAAACUGAACGCACCCGGGAGGGACUACUGUCACGUAUGCUCUCUCUCCGGCACUCUAGGACGUCAUGCUCCCGCGCCUCAGCCAGAUCGACAGGUUCCCGCGCCUUAGCAGAGGUGACUGAUCCGCUCCUGAUCCGCUGGAUCAUCAUCUUGGGCGGCGUCCUGCGGAUCGGGGAGGGGCUACUGUCCCGUGUGCUCCCUCUCCGGCCUCUAGGUCACCAGGCUGCUGGUUAUGGCGCACACCUUUCCCCAGCGUCAUGCGCAUAAUGACACUCACCUGUACUCCAUCACCUCCUUGAUUACCUGCUCUUAUAUAUGUCACUCCCUUUGGUUACUUCCCCAGUCAUCAUUGUUCCUGUUUCAUGUCGGUGCACUGUUCGUGUUUCUUGUUUUGUUCAUUUAUUAAUUAAAUGUAUUCACUCCCUGAACUUGCUUCCUGACUCAGCGUACAACGCUACAAUAUUUUACAUUCGUCAAAGUAGCCACCCUUUGCUUUGACAGCUUUGCACACUCUUGGCAUUCUCUCAACCAGCUUCACCUGGGAUGCUUUUCCAACAGUCUUGAAGGAGUUCCCACAUAUGUGGAGCACUUGUUGGCUGCUUUUUCUUCAGUCUGCGGUCCAACUCAUCUGAAACCAUCUCAACUGGGCUGAGGUCAGGUGAUUGUGAAGACCAGGUCAUCUGAUGCAGCAUUCCAUCACCCUCCUUGGCUAAAUAUCCCUUACACAGCCUGGAGGUGUGUUGGGUCAUUGUUCUGUUGAAAAACAAAUGAUAGUCCCACUAAGCACAAACCAGAUGGGAUUGUGUAUCGCUGCAGAAUGCUGUGGUAGCCAUGCAAGUUAAGUGUGCCUCGAAUUCUAAAUAAAUCACUGACAGUGUCACCAGCAAAGCACCCCCACAACAUUACACCUCCUCCUCCAUGCUUCAUGGUGGGAACCACACAUGCAGAUAUCAUCCAUUCACCUACUCUGCGUCUCACAAAGACACGGCAGUUGUGAUUUAAUGUCCGUUGCUCAUUAUUUUUGCCCCAAACAAGUCUCUUCUUCUUGUUGGUGUCUUUUAGUAGUGGUUUCUUUGCAGCAAUUCAACCAUGAAGGCCUGAUUCAGUCUCCUCUGAACAGUUGAUAUUAAGAUGUGUCUGUCACUUGAACUCUGAAGCAUUUAUUUGAGCUGCAAUUUCUGAGGCUGGUAACUCUAGUGAACUUAUCCUCUGCAGCAGAGCUAACUCUGGGUCUUCCUUUCCUGUAGCGGUCCUCAUGAGAGCCAGUUUCAUCAUAGCGCUUAAUGGUUUUUGCGACUGCACCUGAAGAAACUUUAAAAGUUAUUGAAAUGUUCGGCAUUUACUGACCUUCAUGUCUAUAAGUAAUGAUGGACUGGUGUUUCUCAUUGCUUAUUUGAGCUGUUCUUGCCAUGAUAUGGACUUUGUCCUAUUUGGUAAAAGACCAUCUUCUGUAUACCAACCCUACCUUGUCACAACACAACUGAUUGGCUCAAAUGCAUUAAGAAGGGGAAAAAAAUCCAUAAAUUAACUUUUAACAAGGCAAACCUCUUAUUUGAAAUGCAUUCCAGGUGACUACCUUAUGAAGCUGGUUGAAAGAAUGCCAAGUGUGCAAAGCUGUCAUCAAGGCAAAAGGUGGCUGCUUUGAAGAAUGUCAAAUAUAAAAUAUAUUUUGAUUUGUUUAGCUCUUUUUUUGUUUACUACAUGAUUCCAUAUGUGUUAUUUCAUAGUUUGUCUUCACUAUUAUUCUACAAUGUAGAAAAUAGUAAAAAUAAAGAACCUGGAAUGUGUAGGUGUUUCCAAACUUUUGACUGGUACUAUGUGUAUGCAUCUCAGCAAAAAAAGAAACGUACUGUCAACUGUGUUUAUUUAAAGCAAACUUAACAUGUGUAAAUAUUCGUAUGAACAUAAGAUUCUACAACUGAGACAUAAACUGAACAAAUUCCACAGACAUGUGACUAACAGAAAUUGAAUAAUGUGUUCCUGAACAAAGGGGGGGUCAAAAGUAACAGUCAGUAUCUGGUGUGGCCACCAGCUGCAUUAAGUACUGCAGUUUAUCUCCUCAUGGACUGCACCAGAUUUGCCAGUUCUUGCUGUGAGAUGUUACCCCACUCUUCCACCAAGGCACCUGCAAGUUCCCGGACAUUUCUGGGGGGAAUGGCCCAAGCCCUCACCCUCCGAUCCAACAGGUCCCAGACGUGCUCAAUGGGAUUGAGAUCCGGGCUCUUUGCUGGCAAUGGCAGAACACUGACAUUCCUGUCUUGCAGGAAAUCAUGCACAGAAUGAGCAGUAUAGCUGGUGACACUGUCAUGCUGGAGUCAUGUCAGGAUGAGCCUGCAGGAAGGGUACCACAUGAGGGAGGAUCUCUUCCCUGUAACGCACAGCGUUGAGAUUGCCUGCAAUGACAACAAGCUCAGUUUGAUGAUGCUGUGACACACCGCCCCAGACCAUGACAGACCUUCCACCUCCAAAUCGAUCCCGUUCCAGAGUACAGGCCUCGGUGUAACGCUCAUUCCUUCAACGAUAAAUGCGAAUCCGACUAUCACCCCUGAUGAGACAAAACCGCGACUCAUCAGUGAAGAGCUCUUUUUGACAGUCCUGGCUGGUCCAGCGACGGUGGGUUUGAUGUACCGAUCCUGUGCAGGUGUUACAUGUGGUCUGCCAUUGCGAGGACGAUCAGCUGUCCGUCCUGUCUCCCUGUAGCGCUGUCUUAAGCGUCUCACAGUACAGACAUAGCAAUUAAUUGUCCUGGUCACAUCUGCAGUCCUCAUGCCUCCUUGCAGCAUGCCUAAGGCACGUUCACGCAGAUGAGCAGAGACCCUGAGCAUCUUUCUUUUGAGGUUUUUCAGAGUCAGUAGAAAGGCUUCUUUGGUGUCCUAAGUUUUCAUAACUGUGACCUUAAUUGCCUACCGUCUGUAAGCUGUUAGUGUCUUAACGACCAUUCCACAGGUGGUGCAUGUUCAUUAAUUGUUUAUGGUUCAUUGAACAAGCAUGGGAAACAGUGUUUAAACCCUUUACAAUGAAGAUCUGUGAAGUUAUUUGGAUUUUUACGAAUUAUCUUUGAAAGACAGGGUCCUGAAAAAGGGGCGUUUUAUGUUUUUGCUGAGUUUGUAUGUGUAUAUACAGUUGAAGUCGGAAGUUUACAUAAACUGAGUUUAAAUGUAUUUGGCUAAAGUGUUUCACAAUUCCUGACAUUUAAUCCUAGUAAAAAUUCCCUGUCUUAGGUCAGUUAGGAUCACCAAUUUAUUUUAAGAAUGUGAAAUGUCAGAAUAAUAGUAGAGAGAAUGAUUUAUUUCAGAUUUUAUUUCUUUCAGCACAUUCCCAGUGGGUCAGAAGUUAACAUACACUCAAUUAGUAUUUGGUAGCAUUGCUUUUAAAUUGUUUAACUUGGGUCAAAUAUUUCGGGUAGCCUUCCACAAGCUUCCCACAAUAAGUUGGGUGAAUUUUGUCAGAUUCCUCCUGACAGAGCUGGUGUAUCACAAAGCACAAAGCCCUGACCUCAAUCCCAUAGAACAUUUGUGGGCAAAACUGAAAAGUUUGUGUGAGGAAGAAGGCCUACAAACCUGGCUCAGUUACACCAGCUCUAUCAAACCUGUUUGUUUUAUGGAUAGUUAUUUGUAAUUUUCACAUUUCUCCAAAUGCUUGUGCUGACCUCUGGUUACAUGUAUGGUAUGCAGGCAAAUUGCUUUGAGUCAAAAGAAGUGGCACUACAGCUUGGGAAUGAAAAUAUAACCUAGAGCACCCUCCCAGCUAAUAUACAGUAGGCUACUGGGAAGCAUUUCAUUGUGAAAUAAUACAAUAAAAUAAGUAUAGAUACUAGACAUUGCUUUUUGUAGGAUAUUGUUCUCCUCCAUGCAUUUAGAAAUUAUAAUCCCGUAUGAGACCCUCAAUGAGCUUUCCAGUCAUUUAAAUGCCAUGAAUCCACUUACAAAGCUAACAUUAUAUCUCAAAAUGUUGCUUAAAUGUUCAUUUAAUGCAAUUUGACUGCAUGUACAUGGCUGAUCCGUAUAAUCUGUAAUUUAAGGUAUAGAUAAUGGAAGUAUAGGUAGGAGCUCAAGCCAAUAGCUUUACAUUUUUAAGAUAAAGUUCAUACGUGAUUUUUUGCUAUAAUCUAUAAUUGAAAAGGGCAGGUUUGACAUAUGUAUCUAGUGAAAGGAUAAGUCACUUGGCAAACCAUCCCAGCUCAUAACCAUUUGAAUCAUCCUGUAUUGUACUGUACAUCAGAGUACGUAGGCUUGGUUGUGGUCAAUGUUCUGUUUUGUCAAAUAGUGAAAUGAUUCAUUGUGUUGUAAUUGUUGGACUGAAAAAUGGUUCAUCGUGUUGUAAUUGUUGAACGUCCUCUAUUUUUUUGACUGGUAAAUGUUGCAUCAAUUAACCACUGUCUCACUUUGAAAUAUUUUAUAAAUCAAAUGUUUUAUAGAAUGUACCCUAAGAUCAUUUGACGUUUUGAUUCGGGCCUAAUUCUUUCCAUUAGUUUAAUCCAUUCCACUUGACAAUUGACAUUUACAUGCUGUGGUUGAAAUGCAUUUGAGUUGAUUUCUCAAUGUACCCUCUUCUGCUGAUGCACUGCAUCCCAGAAGACACCUCAUGCCUUAAUGUAUAGUGUGUGUGAGACAUUGAAUGUAGAUAGUGUUACUGUGGUCUCUAGUUUGUGUGUACUAAAGAUGUCAACGUACCAUGGUACUGAAGGCUUUGUGUAUAUGUAAUUGUACAUAUCUGAGUAUGGAAUCAAUGUGUGUACACUUGAGAGAAUCGUGAGCUGUGCUUUUGUUAGUUUAGUUCGUGUUUAGGUUUAUUAUUUUCGUGCUCUGAAUGGAAUGUUUAGUAGUAAACAAUUUUUUCCCAUUCUAAGAUCACACCAAUAGAUUAACACAAUGACAAGCCCACUAGAAAACACACUCAUCGGUUGGAAAAUUCAGCACACCCCCAUCAAAUGAAUGCAGAGAAUACCAAUUCUAAUUUGUUUUCUGAUAAUGAACUCCACCGUGGAGAAAUACCAGUAUUAUCAUUUCAAUGGAUGGUAUUGGCUUAGUGUGGGCAUUAAAAGUUGGAUUAUAAAUCAAAAGCAUAGAUAAUGGCCAAUUCUUUUUAGACUGCCUGUUAUAAUAUGGCCGAGAAAAUAAAACAAGCUUUUAGCUGUACAUAUUUCAGCAUAGAUAAUAGCUGAUUUCGUGCAUUAUGCAGGACAUAGUGUCGUUAAAACCAUAAAUGCACACUUCGUUAUGUAGACUGAUAGCCUUCAAUUUUCACUGAAUUACAUUAUGGGGGUAUGACAUGUAGACCUACACAGCUCAUAUGCGUAGAUGAGUAGACAAUAUCAGGUGUUAAAAAUUGCGAUUAUAUUAUGACUAGAUUAAAAGAAAAGUUAUAACUCAGAACUUUUGAAACUCUUUUCCAUAGGUGCUAUAUUACUGCUGCAGAGAAGCACAAACCAAAGGGAGCUUGUAGCAGCACCAUGACAAGAAUCUGCUGCACAAUCACAAUUGCAUAGAUAUAAAGAAGCCUUGUAUUGAAAUGUUUUCUCCGUGUUAAUAGCCUGGUCUGACAUUUUCCCUAGUCAACAGGUAUUUCUUUUUGUUGUUCUGGAGAGUUACAGAUGUUUGUAUUGUUUGUUAAGAGCUGUAAAUCUGGAGUUCUGUAGCAUGUGUUCUUGAAAUGUGUAAAUAGUGUUAUAAUAAAUCUAAAGUAGCAGCCUGCA